UUAGAAAUGAGCCUGAUUCCAUCCCUGGCCUCUUGACGGUCACCCUCGACCGCUCCGCUUUUUAUUUCAGAGAUAACAAUUAAUAAAGUUGAAAGGCGGUGAGGGGACAGUGAACAAGGUGCACGACAACAGGUGAAAUAAAACCAAACAGUCGUUUAUUUAACGCAAGGCGGGAAGGAUGUACGAGUGAAAGUUAAUAUGGCAUACGUACACAUGGUUCGUGAAUCAGAUACCGCUGUAUGCUUAUCGUCAGUAGUUUAAAGCAAAUAUUAAUCAGUUUGUGUGUCUGUUUUCACAUAUUCGUAGGUACAUAAGUACGUGUCAAUUUUAUCUUUCAUAUUUCUGUGAUAACGAACCGGCGUAGUUUAUUUUGUCAAGUGAAAAUCACCAAACAUUGUGGUAGAAAUGGCUUCAGAAAGAGACAUUAGUAUUACAAAAGACGAUUUACCUCUCACCUUUCAAGUUAAAUAUUUGGGAAGUCAGCCUGCCAAAGGUCUUUGGGGAAUCAAGCAUACAAGAAGACCGGUAGAUAUAAUGGUAAAAGAAGCCAAAAACCUUCCCCCAGACGUCAUUCUUCCACUAGUUAACGUUACGGUUUCAACCGAAGGUCUUCAAGUAACCCACGUUACCAAAAAGAAGAGCGAAAAAUCCACCACGAAUUUUUUCAAAAUAAGCACAAUUUCUUACGGAGUUCAGGACCUCGUUUACACCAGAGUUUUUUCAAUGAUCGUUGUAACAGAUGGCGAUUUGACAACAGUUACACCCUUCGACUGUCACGGGUUUGUUUGUCAAUCGAGAAACGAGGCAAGGCAGCUAACAUACGCACUGGCUGCAGCGUUCCAAGAAUACGGAAAAAAGUUUAAAGAAGAGAGUCAAAAGAACCCAGACAUGAGAAAAAAAUUUGCAAUCGACUUGCGCACACCAGAACAACAAAAUGACGAUAGCGAUUCGGAAACAGAAGCCUAGAAAUGUGAAGAGAAAGUAUUAAGUGUUUCGUAUUGCUAAUCGCUCUGUAAAUACGCUGUAGGUGUACUCUUUAUUUAUGAAGAGAUGAUAUGUACAAUUAUAAAUGCUUUUGUAGGUGGAUUAAAGUAUUCCUAUAUUCAGUAAUCAUGACCCCCAUUUAUUUGUGUGGGUCUACAACUAAGAAUUCCAAAGAACGAAUGUAACAUAUACAACAAUAAUAAAAGUAGAUUUAUAAAAAUUGUAAAGUAGCAUUAAAAGAACAAAAAUAUUAUUUUGUUCUAAGGCAUUAGAAGUUAGAAAGUAAUGUAGCGCAGAAUGAUAUUAAUUAUGAUACUGUGGUAUUUUCCGAUAAAUAUUUUUUAGUAUUUAAGUAUAUAUUUUAAAUCUUGCCAAAAUUUUAGUUAGAGAUCAUCUUUUUAUUGAAAUCGUUAAUAUUGUGGUACCGAUUAUGUAAACCAUCAAAUAUUUUACAUAACGUUAAUAAAUUUAAAAAUAUUCAUACCAAUCUAAACUAGUUAUAGCGUGUGGUAAAAAAAAUCGACCAUUUGCAUUCAAAUCAAAUGUGCGUUGAAUUAACUUCAGUUGUUCACACGUUAAAAGAGUUACAAAAAUAAAAUUUCUGCAAUUUGAGCAAUUUAUACGUAUUCAGAUCUGCCGUAGCAGGCAACGCAAGAUCGGUUCCCGGCCGAUGCACUACUUUUUUCACCUUUUUAUUUGCCUUAACGGCAACGAAAGAGUGCACUAGAAGUUUCGACGCUCACCUAUUAUAUAACGAUUUUUUAUUGAAUUUGUUGUUAGAAGAUUAUUGUGAUUUCACGGUAUCACUACCCAUUGCAAUAUUGUUCGAAAUAUUGUAACUGUACCGACAUCUACAGUACUAGUUUUCCUUAGGUUUUAUUUGUAAUUUUAUAUGUAUGUAUAGAUGUAGAGACUGUAUUAACACUAAUUGUUGUAAGUACUUAAUUAAAGUAAAACAGUUACUUAA